GCUAUGGAUGCUGCGAGCAUUUCGCCGAAGAAGCCACGCUCGGGAUUCCGCCGCGAGCAUCCUCAUUCUCACAGCGAGUGCCGGCUUCCUCCUGUGUAGUGUGAAGUGCAUGCCUGUAUAGGAGGACAAGGAGAAGGAGGAGUAGGAGGAGGAGGAGGACGAGGAGAGGGUGGUAGCAAAACAUGGACAGGCGUCUUUACUCGAGGGCGCUAUCCCCAGAGCGGCGGCCGAUAGCAGCGACGCAGCACAUGCAACGCCAGCUGGCGGACGAGAUCGGUCGGCACGCGUCGGCGGACGAGCUGCGCAUUCUGCUGGCGACGGGUGCGCGCGCAGCCGUGCCAGUGCUUCACGGUCUCACGCCGCUACACUACGCAGUGUUCGAGCGCCACGUACCGGCGGCGCGUCUCAUGCUCGUGCGCGGCGGUAACGUCAACGCGCUCGAUGACGUCGGCUACUCGCCGCUCCAUCUGGCGGCCGAAAAAGGCUACUCGGACGUGAUCAACCUGUUGUGUGAGUUCGGCGCCCAGGUGGCCUUCCCGCGGCCGAACCCUCACGACAUGUUCCCCCGAGACGACCAGCCCGAGGAGCCGCUACGACUCGCCAUCAAACACAAGCACUUCGCCGUCGCGGAGAUACUGCUCAAGCACGGAGCUAACCCGAACACGAGGUAUUUCAUGGGAGCUGAGAUCAACUUGCUUGCAGCCGACGAGUACGUCCUCAUGGACAUACUGCUACGCUACGGCGCCGACGUCGACUCACGUGACCGCACGGGCAUCACGCCGCUCAUGAAGGCCUGCAAACAUGGCGGCUGUCUCGAGACGAUGAUCGUGCUGCUCUCUCACGCCGCCGACGUGAACGCGCGCGCCACCGCGCGGCAGGACCACCGUACGGCGCUGCACUACGCCGUGCUGGCGGGCGACGAAGUCGCCGCAACGCUGCUGCUGCAGCGCGGCGCGCGAGUCAACCUCGGCGGCGGCUACGACGCGCCGACGCCGCUCGACGUCGCCAUCUUGCGCGACGACCUCUCGAUGAUCGUCAUGCUGAUGGAGGCGGGCGCCGACGUGAACGCGAUCUCGUCGAGCGUCGGCACGCCGCUGCACGUCGCCUGCGCGGCGCGGCUGCGCCACCAGGCCGUCAUCGUGCACUACCUGCUCGCGCACGGCGCCGACCCCAACCGCUGCCGACACUACGCCGACGGCGCGUCGCUCAAGACGCCGCUCGUCGAGUACCUCAACAAGCUGCUGGCGAGCGUCGCCGAGCGGACGGACGUGGCGUCGGUGCGGUGCACGCGGCUGGUGCCGGACGACGCGCGCGCGCUGCUGGAGCGCAUCUGCUGCUCGCCGCCGCCGCUCACGCAGCUCGUGAGGAGGGCGCUGCGAGGCAACGCCGGCCGUCGCUACUGCGACGUCGUCGAGGCGCUGCCGCUGCCCAGCCGACUCAUCCGCUUCCUGCUGUUCGAAUUCAGCUGA